ACUCAGCAAGACCAAUCCGAACCGCCAACCAGAACUCCUUCGGGUCGUCAUUAUUCAUCUUUAGCCCGGUCGUCGUCAGCUUCCUCUCCUCUUCUCUCUCUGUGCGGAUCCAAAGCUUGAGCCCUGAAGCACUGAGCGCACUACACUGCAGUUGAAUAGCUUUAAUCUAAAUGGCUGGCAGAGCUCAAAUUCCCACCAACAACUCGUCGCUUAUUGCUAUGAUUGCUGAUGAGGACACUGUAACUGGAUUUUUGCUGGCUGGAGUUGGCAAUGUUGACUUGCGGAGAAAGACAAACUAUCUUAUCGUUGAUUCAAAAACAACUGUGAAAGCAAUUGAAGAUGCAUUCAAAGAGUUUACCGCAAAGGAGGAUAUUGCUAUUAUUUUAAUCAGCCAAUAUGUUGCAAACAUGAUAAGGUUCCUAGUUGACAGCUAUAAUAAACCAGUUCCAGCAAUUUUGGAGAUACCCUCGAAGGAUCAUCCUUAUGAUCCAUCUCAUGAUUCAGUGCUUUCUCGAGUCAAGUACCUCUUCUCUGCUGAAUCUGUGGCGUCUGAAAGGCGUUGAGUAUAGCAAUAAAUGGGUUAAAAACAUGACAAGCUGAUGGCAUAUACCCUUGGCUUUUGAGCGCACCCAACUGUAUGUUUUGUUAUUUACUGACUUCUAAGUGAUUGAUUUGUUUUUUUCUGCACAUCUUUUUAGAUUCUGUUUGUGGCUUAGUUUAUUUUACUUUCUUCUUAAAUUAUUGAUGGCAUUUGGAUCUUUGUUGUUAUAAUAUUAUAGGAAUAAAAUUCAGAAAUGAAGAAGGCUUUCUAUCCUUGAGCCACUUUAGCAUGA